AUGGCAUUUUCUACCUCUUUAGUGAGAAGUUCAGGCCAGAAUGAAGUCUGUAUGGGGUGUGAGGGCCGCGGCUGCCUGCAGGAAUGGUGUGCUCCUGAGUUGGACUCCACUGGGCCGGCUACAGAUGGUGAUGGGAAGAGCACAGGGGUUCCCCAAAGCGCCUGGAUAAAGACAGCUCUUCAGACAGCAGCCAAGGCCUGGUGUCUAGCCCUGCCCUGCCCCUUCCUGUCACACACCCUGGCCAUCCAGGCUUCUCCAUGCUGCGGUGUCUCUAAAGGCGCUCUGCCCGCAGCCCUGAAAGCCUUUGUUGCUGCUACCAUUCCUUCUCAGAUUCAGAAUGUAUGUCAAGCAACUUCUGUAUCUUUUCCGCGCUACCUACAGAGGGAUCCAUACGGCGUUGUUCUGGAUUCCCGUCGUAACUUAAAGGGAAACUUUUACAAUGUCCGGAGCCUUGAUGUCCUGCAAAUGAAGGAGGAGGAUGUCCUUAAGUUCCUUGCAGCAGAAACCCACUUAGGUGGCACCAGUCUUGACUUCCAGAUGGAACAGUACAUCUAUAAAAGGAAAAGUGAUGGCAUGUACAUCAUAAAUCUGAAGAGGACCUGGGAGAAGCUUCUGCUGGUGGUUCGUGCCAUUGUUGCCGUUGAAAACCCUGCUGACGUCAGUGUUAUGUCCUCCAGGAAUACUGACCAGAGGGCUGUACUGAAGUUUGCUGCUGCCACUGGAGCCACUCCAGUUGCUGGCCGCUUCACUCCUGGAACCUUCACUAACCAGAUCCAGGCAGCCUUCAGGGAGCCACAGCUUCUUAUGGUUACUGACCCCAGGGCUGACCACCAGCCUCUCAUGGAGGCAUCUUGUGUUAACCUACCUACCAUUGCUCUGUGUCACACAGAUUCUCCUCUGCGCUAUGUGGACAUUGCCGUCCCAUGCAACAGCAGGGGAGCUCACUCAGUGGGUUUGAUGUGGUGGAUGCUGGCUCGGGAAGUUCUGCGCAUGUGUGGCACCAAUUCCCGUGAACGCCCGUGGGAGGUCAUGCCUGAUCUCUACUUCUACAGAGAUCCUGAAGAGAUAGAAAAAGAAGAGCAGGCUGCUGCUGAAAAGGCAGUGACCAAGGAGGAAUUUCAGGGUGAAUGGACUGCUCCAGCUCCUGAGUUCACUGCUACUCAGCCUGAGGUUGCAGACUGGUGUGAAGAUGUGAAGGUGCCCUCUGUGCCUAUUCAGAAGUUUACUACUGAAGACUGGAGUGCUCAGCCUGCCAUGGAAGACUGGUCUGCAGCUCCCACUGCUCAGGCCACUGAAUGGGUACGAGCAACCACUGAAUGGUCUUAAGCGGUUCUUGCACGGGCUCUUAAGCAACAUGGAAAAAUG